UUUUGGCCGGUCUAAAGCGCGACAUCCGAUGGAGGGAGCGACAGUCGGAGAUACACGGGUCAAGUGAGGGGGGUCCUACACAUGGAUGAACUGGGGGAGGAGAGAGCACAGUGAGGCUGUCAUGUAAGCCAUCUCCUCUGGGGCCACCUCUCGGUGCGCGCUGCUUCCUGCCUCAGGUAGAAGCCUCAGUGUGGCUGCGGCUGAGGCGUCGGGCUGCUCGCUCUCCUCUCCUGUCCCUCCCGCUGAGAAGGCAACAGCUCCACGCUCAAAGCACCGAAAUGGAGAAGAGCUGCUCAGAGUGCUCAGAGCCGACACUUGCACACAGCCUGUGUACAGUCUGCAACAAGUGGUUGUGUUACCAGUGCACAGAUGUGCAUCAGCAUCAGAGAGCCCCCACCACUUCACAGUACACAGACUUGCACCCACAGCAGAGGCCCGGUGCCAUGCAGCGUCCUGACCUGCACCAGAGAGGCUCCGGCUCCCUGCCUCCGACUGGACAAGGUCCGGGGUCGUAUCCUUGUUCCCUCCUCAUGUGCCACUCUCACAGACAGGAGCCCUUGGAGCUGUUUUGUGAGUCAUGUGACCUUCUGUGCUGUAGCAGCUGUCACCUGUCCUCCCACAAAAACCACAGGGUGGUGCAGAUUGGGAAGGCCCUGCAGGAUCAGCAGUGGCUGUUGGAGAGCCUGAUGGUGCAGGUGGAGGAGAGGAGGUCUGCAGUGGAGAACAAUGCUAAACAGAUAGAGGACAGGCUUCAUGGAGUAAAGAUUGCACACAGGAAGGCAGAGAACCAGAUUAAAAUGGCAAAGAUGAUUAUGAUGAACGAGCUUAACAAACGAGCCAACCUAUUAAUAGAGCAACUGGAGAAAAUCUCGGAGGACUUCCAGCAGCAUCUGGAGGACCAGCUGCAGGGGGCAAUAGAGAUAUGUGGCCAGCUGGACCAUGUUCAGAAGUUCAUCACCUGGGCCACGACCCACCACUGCAGAGGCCCGGUGCUCUUCAGCCGGGCUCUGAUUUCGCUCCAGAUGCAGCAACUGCUUGAGCCGUCAUUUCACUCAGACUCCUGGAGUCCUGUCAAGAUCAGAUUCAACUGGGAUGCCAGUUACUGGACGAAGCAGAUUUCCUCUUUAGGCCAGCUCACUGUUGAAGGGGGAAACUGCACUUAUCCUCAGGGCUUGGCCUGCUCCAGUAUUCUGAGGCCUCAGCCAAUCACCUGCUUGGCUCUGCCGCCUGUGUGUCACAGAGGACGUGAGCCGAGCUGUGGGUACAAGGCCUGCUGUGAGCCCCAGAUGUGUUGCCUGCACGGCAUUCCCUCUCAACCAGAUCUGUCCGGUCUAGACAAAAGCCAGCUGGAAGCCUCUCUUUGUACCUCCAGCUGUGUUCAGCCUGCCCUUAUCUCCGCCUCCUUGCACCAGAGCCAGCAGCUCCAGAGGUGCUGGGACCCAGACAACUCAUCGCAGUGUCCUCCCCCUUCAUCACCCGUAGCAAUGAUGGGACCCAUCCAGCUCAACUGCAGUCGAGGAUCAACAUCCCAGCCACAAGCUACUGCUUCUCAGCCCCAGCCUCACACAAAAUCUUAUCUCUACCACCAACGCCAGAGAGAGGUUCCUCCAGAUAGCCAGGCACAGCCAAGUGCAGACCGUAGCAGGCCAGGCCAGUGUCAGGGGAAGCUGUCGACCAGCGCCGCUCUGCUGCAGGAUCUCAGCCACUCAGCUGUGGACAGAGAUGUGAUGACUGAAGACAUCUGGGAGGAGAGAUGCAGGGUGGAGGAGGCUCGGGGACAGACGACGGCAGCUGAUUGCAGAGAGCUGCUGGAUGAGGAGCUGCAGCAGGACAGGAGGGAGCAGAGUCCUGUCCAACAUCAGCAGCAGCUCCAUGUUCCUCUUGCAGCAGAGCUGAGAAAGGAGCCGCAGAGGAACAGACCUGCACUGCUACUCAGAGACCACAGAGACGGCAGGUCUGAAUCCUGCAUACCUCUCCCAAGGGCCACGGAUCAGAGAUCCACGUCCCUGGAGGUGUCAAUGACAGCCCACGAGUGUGUGUCUGAUGUGCAGAGCAGCAGGCUCAGCCCGAGUUUAGUGUGCGCGAGGAGGAAGAGGCGCUCCCAAAGCAUCCCGGCGGAACUGGUGGCUCCAUCUAGCAGCCCUUACUCCGAAAGGCCCACAGGAUGCACUCACGGCCUGGAGGCAGGAGCUGCAAAUAAGUGUGCCAGCGUGGAUCCCAGACAGAGGAGAGCUUCAGAUGGGGUUCUCUGUGUUGUCAAAGAAACUUCGACUGACACAGCACCCUCCAGAGGCCACCGGUCUCCUCUGCUGUCCUAUAAGACUGAGCCAGAUCAUUGUUUUUCUCACGUGAAUGAAGAGAUUGAUUAUGAUGCCGAGGAGAAAAGCAGGAUGUCGAGAAAUGGCCACAACAGUAGCACGGAUGUUCAGAAGGACUCGAGAAGGCCCAGGGUUCCAGUGGUUUGCUUAGAGCGUCUCAAAAUACUUGUGUCUCAGCUCCCCCCACAUGGACGACGGCAGAGUGACCCUCUUCCUGCCAGCGGGGCGGAGAGGAGUGACGCCCUCCUGCAGCAGAGAGCCUGGCACGAAGCAACACCUGAAGGACUACCUGGAGGCUCUGAGACCACGAGGACCACCCACUCACUCACAGCACCACCAUAUGCAGAGCGUCAGUAUACCACACACUCCACCACCAGUGAGACCGACAGUCGAGGGAGAAUCAGCUCUCAUAAAGCAUCCACACUGCUGACCGCUGACCCCGAACACUUGCCACAGAGUUACUCCACACUGGAUCUGGACUCUGACUCUGAUCCCAGGUCAGUCUCAGAAGAAGACGUAGUUGUUUCUUGGACUGAUCCAGACCCACAGCUAGACUCAGAUGCAUCGCCAGAGUCUGACCCAAAUGCAGAGUCUUCAUCGGAGGCUGAACUUGAAUGUGUGGCUGAGGAGAAAUCGGUGGCUGCAGGAGAGAUGGGGCUCUGCGCUGAAACUGGUAUUGCAGGAGAUUCAGAGCCAAGUCUCGAGUAUGAGGCAGACCCAGAAUCAGAUGCAGGGGUAGGAUCAGAGGAUGGCCGAGGGCUGGACGCUGAUGCGGAAUCAGGCGAUGCUGAAACGGGGUCAGAUGUCCAGCCUAACUAUGACCCCAGUUUCCAUGCAGAGACUGAUUCUGACGUCGUAUCCGAUCAGCCUCCAGACUCUCAGGGCUCUCUGGAGUCCGAGCUCGACGUAGAAUCGGAACCUGAACUGACAACCGACGAACCGCAACCCCUUCGCUCUGACCUGGAGGAGGAGUCCCACAUUGGUCCCGGUCAGAGGCCGCUUCUGAUUGCAAACCCCGUCGCCCAGAGGGGCACAGACGAAGUCCAGCCUGACCAGGACAACACAGAGAUGGAGAGUGAGGACUUCUGUGCUGUGUGUCUGAUUGGAGGAGACCUGCUGUGCUGUGACCGCUGUCCCAAAGUCUUUCAUCUGUCUUGCCAUAUCCCGUCUCUGCUAAGCUUCCCCUCAGGUGACUGGGUGUGCAGCCUGUGCAGAGACGUUGUGCAGCCAGAGGUUGAGUACGACUGUGAGAAUGAAAGAACAUCUGGAGAACACACAUUGGCACAUGGACUGCCUGCAUGUGACCAGAGAAAAUGUGAGCGGCUGACUCUUCUGAUCCUCAGUAACAUCCUGAGCGCUCCCUUUCAUGAGCCCGUCAGUCCACUUUGUUUUUUCACGCAGGCUCGUCAUUACUACCAGAUCAUCAAGAGGCCGAUGGACCUGUCUGUGAUCAGGGCUAAACUCAACAAGAGGAAUACCCGACAUUAUAGGUCACCGGAGCAGUUUGUUGCCGAUGUCUAUCUUAUGUUCCGCAACUGUGCAAAGUUCAAUUAUCCUGACUCUGAGGUGGCUCAGGCAGGCCGCAGCCUCGAGGCGUUCUUCAUCUCCAAGCUGAAGGAAGUGUUCCCAGACCGAGGCUUCCCUGCGGCUGAGGCGGACUCUGACAGCGACGAGUACGAUGAGGCCUACAGGGCUGCUGAGGGUGGUUUCCCCUGGCCCGAGAGGAGGGAGCAGUGCCACAGGAAGAGGAAGAGGAGAAACUCUCUCAAGGCCAGGAGACAUCACUUCUAACCAGAUGUGAAUGGAUUGCAACCAUGGAUGCAAACAUGCUGCAUUUCUGUGUAAUUAUGCUGUUUUUAUUUAGCAGCCUGUGGGGCUGUAACUGUUUCCAUUCUGUAAUCUGAAAGUAGCCCUAAUUUGUGGUUUGCAAUAUUAUAUCACAGUGCUGCCAUCCGAUGGCAGCAGAACAUAUUGACGUGCUGCUCCAAAUAUUUGAAAGGAGGGGCAAUUAUUAUCCCUGCAGGCGUCAACUGAGCAGAGGAGCAGAGAGUGUAAAAAUCAUUUGGUUACAUGCUAUAUGCUACACAUCUGGAAGCGUAUCUCUUUGGAGAAAAAAAGAUGGCUCAGGCGGAAUUUAUUGGGUUGCUUCUGCAGCCUUGAAACAAGUUGUAAGAGUGAGGCAAUGCUGGAAUUGCUUUAUCAUAUGUUGGCUUUUUGCUCCUGACGUAACUCACUGUAUUUCCGUCCAAAGCUCCUAAAAUCACAUACCUGGUGUUAUAUGCUAUAUUGUUCAAAGAGGAUGCUGUAGUUGGAUGUUUAUUAAUCUCACUUUGGAUCUUUAUUAAGUGGAUUUUUUUAAGUGAACGUAGCUCUGAUUAUACACGGCACUUUGAAACUUUGAUAUUGGUAAAUACUGUAUUUACCGUAUUCGUAAACAUAUUUAUACAUGUGUACCUGUACAGAACUUUAUUUUACUAUAUUUUCCAUUUUAAUUACUAAAUGAUUGCAGGCAAUUAUCAUAAGUAUGAUUAUUGAUAUAAUUAUGUGUCUUGGUAGCUUUUUUUUUUUUUUUUUAAAGCAGCAGUGAAUCUUGUUGACUUUGUCUUUUGGACCAGAGUGCAGUACAGAAUGUGAGAGGUUGGGGGUGCUAUAGCCAGUGUUCGAGCUCAACAAAGCACAUGUCUUUUCAUGCUUGUUAAAAGAUUUAAUAUCCAGGUCAACCAAUCCAAGACUGAUUUGUAUUUUGCAUUUAACCAUAAAUGAGGUCUGUGUAUACAUUAUGUAACCUUUCUGUUCCACCUGUGUUUCAGCAAAAUAUGAAAAACAUCUCAGGCUUAAUAAGAGUGUAAGGUAUUGAUACCAUUCAGUAUUUAUGAUUAGAAACGCGUCCUUGCUGUUUGUAGAGCCACACUGCUGAGAGGAAAUAUGUGGUUUUUAUAGUAGCUGCUGUUGUAGAGCAUUUCCUGUUUUUAAAUAUUCUUUACCUGCUUCCUGCAGCUUGAGAUAGAUUUUACUUGACAUUUAGCAUAAUUACUGCACAAAACGAUUGUCUGUGCACUCCUUGAUUAUCGUCAAGAGUAGUGAAUGUACAGUAUAUGGUACUUCCUUUGAAAUUAAUAGAUGUAAUAAUAUUUCCUAUUGUACGAGGGAAUAUUAAUCAAGUGUAGUUGCUGUCACUGUUUCAGAACAGUCUGCUUCAUUUCUUUCAUUUUUUUACUGUAACAGUCAAUGAUAAAUGCACAUAUAUUGCUAUCAAUAAAAUGCAUUCCAGAGACAA